AUGGCGACCUCAUAUGAAUCGUUCGACCAGAAAUUCAAGGUUGCACUGAUCCAGCUCCAUCCCAAGCCGCUCGACCCGGAACACAACUUCAAACAAGCCUCCAACUACGUAAAGGAAGCCGCCUCACAGGGAGCGUCCCUAGCGGUCCUCCCGGAGUAUCACCUCUCAAGCUGGACUCCCGACGACGAGCGCUUCGCUCAAAUUGCCCUCACCGCGUAUGAGUACGUGCCGCGCUACCAGGCCCUUGCCCAAGAAUGCAAGAUCAACAUAGUCCCCGGCACCAUUGUGACCGUUGAUCCAAAGUCGCCGAGUCCAACCGCGAGUAACGGCACUACCGGAGCCACGGUCAAGCCACCUACGCUGUUGAAUAUCGCACCAUUCAUUUCGUAUACAGGCGAGCUCUUAGGGAGUUAUACAAAGGCCAACCUCUGGAUCCCUGAACGUACAGUCCUGACAUCGGGUCCUGGUUCAGUGAAGGAAAGUCAGCCGGAGCACCACCACCUUUCCACGGAAGAGGGCCCUCCUCCGCAUAUGAGCCCUCACUCUGUUAUCGAAACACCUCUGGGACCCGUCGGCAUCAUCAUCUGCUGGGACCUUGCUUUCCCCGAGGCCUGCCGCGCUCUUGUGAGGCAGGGUGCCCGCUUGAUCAUAAUUCCCACAUUCUGGACCCGCGACGACUUAACACCCGAGGCCAGAGCAUAUGGCCCAGACGUCGAUCUUCAGUUUUUGUCAUGCGCAUUGAUCACCAGAUCUUUCGAGAAUACCUGUGCUGUCGUGUUCUGUAACGUUGGAGGGCCGAAAGAGGAAGGAUACGCCGGUCUAAGUCAGGUCGUGUUGCCGCUCGUCGGGAAAGUCAAGGGCAGUUUCGAUGAUGGUGAGCCGGGGAUGAGGAUAGUUGAGUGUGAUAUGAGGGCGGUUGAUGUGGCCGAGGAGAAUUAUAAGAUCAGAGAGGAUUUAGCAGGCGAGAAUUGGCACUAUGGGUAUAGUCAUGAGAAAUGA